AUGGCUAUUCAUAUUAGAAGAUUAGGAUGGCUCGCUAUAUUCGUCUCUAUUUGCCUGGUGCUUUUGUGGGGCAGAGCAAUUUACAACACGACAAGGCUCUCGGACCAACUAUGCUCCAUUCUUAGCACUUGUCGGGUCGACACUCCGACGAAGGUCUCGGCCGAGGACACUCCCGUUUCCCUGGAAGGCUAUGGAAACUUCACUGGGAGGACAGUAAAAACCACAUUAAGCGGUAUCGCUCUUCCGAAACCAGUGGAUGCUUGGCUCGGUAUUGAUUACGCGACUCAACCAGUGGGUGAAGGCCGUUUUAAACCCGUCAAUUGGCCGGCUCCGUUCGACGGUGUAAAAAAGGCUACAGCGUACGGAAAAGCGUGUACUCAAGAUCCGAAGUACGUCAGCCUAGACGCGCAGGGAGAAGAGUGUCUUAAUUUCAAUGUGUACCGAACACAAGGUGUUCCACUAAGCAAGAAGCUCCCUGUUUUUGUUUAUAUCCACGGCGGCAGUUUCAAUUUUGGCAGUAGUAAAAGUUUGGAUGGGGCCGCAUUCGUCGCGUCGUCUCAAGCGCCGGUAGUUGUAGUAAGCUUCCAUUACCGACUUAACUCGCUCGGCUCUCUACCUUCGGUGAUUUUCAGUCAAGAAGGUCUCCUCAAUCUCGGCCUCCGAGAUCAAUAUUUUUUCCUAAAGCAUUUCGUGCAAAAACAUAUCAGUUCGUUCGGAGGCGACCCGGAAACUAUUACCCUCGGUGGCCGUUCUGCAGGUGCGCAUUCUGUAGGCAUUCACUACUUUCACAACUAUGGCGAGGACGCCGGGAAGCCGUAUUUCGCCAGGACUAUUCACCAAUCCGGAUCCGUUACCGCACGGUCGUUUCCGAAUGCUAGUUUCCCUCUUUACAUCCAACAGUUCGAAAAGUACAUGACAUCCCUCCAUUGUCCCACUGAUGAUAAUGCUGCUGCGCUAGCCUGCUUACGUUUAGCCAAACUUGCCGAUAUCAGGAAAAUUAGCAUGAAGUUGUAUGACGAUUCUCAGUAUAACAAUACAUGGCCAUUUCAACCUACGCAGGGAGGCCCAUUGUUGGAGAAAUUCGGUUCCCAGUCUGGUUGUGAUGGGACAUUCUUCCACGUGCCGACACUCACCACUUCCGUCACAGAUGAGGGGAGGUUCACAGUGCCAGGUGGUCUAAAGACGAACGGUGAAUUCCUGGAUUAUAUGCAUAUCACCGCCCCGCUCCUAAAUUCCGACGAUCUGAAAUUGCUCGCAAGUUUAUACCCGGAUCCGGCAACAAAUGAUGCAUCUCCCUUCAAAGAUUCUCCAAGAAGUGUUCAGUAUACCCGCCUAUCUGCCGCUUGGAGUGAUUUUGGGUACAUCUGCCCGGGACAAGAAACGGCAUAUAGGGUUUCCACAGCUGGCGUGCCUACUUGGAAGGCUCGAUUCAACACUAACAAUAGCUACCCGGCUUGGCGCGGUAUUCCACACGCCGCUGACGGAAGAUACACAUGGCCAGAGCCAAAGACGCAGCACCCAGACGUUGGCCAUAUACAUCACGGCUACUUGUCUAGCUUCGUCAUCACUGGGGAUCCAAAUACGCAUAGAUACCCGGGAGCGCCCGAGUGGCCAAGAUAUGAACCCGAAGGAUACGGACUGAAUUCUAAAGCCGCGCUCCAACUUGUCAUACAACCACAAGAUACUAAAGUUGAAGCCGACGAUAUACGCCGCGAGGCCUGCUUGUUUUGGAGAGAUCCCAAGAGAGCGUCCCGUUUGAAUAAGUAA